AUGUUUUAAUCUUAAUUAAUUUUAAUUAAAAAAUUAGGAUUUGUUCAAAGUAAAAAAGUUUUCUAGAACAAUAAACUUUGUGUAUCUAUUUUUGAAUACUUUUUUAAUAAAUAAAGGAAGAGAUUAACAGCUUUUUAAGAUCUUAAAGGGUUGGAUAUUUUGUAAAAUAAUGUAUUCUAAGUUAAUUGUCAUUGUUAUAGCUAGCUUGUUAAAAUAGUCCUAAAUAAAAUAGAAUAAAGAUAUGCCAGCCCAAUUCCUUAGUUGUGA